AAGUAAGUAUUCUAGUAUCAAAAGUAACUUCAAUAGCAUGGCUUUCUUUCCACAUAACCAGAAACUAUUUUCCUUUGUGUUGGUCAUCUUUACAAUUUCCUUUCUCUUGCUAGCAACUGAGCUAGUGAACUCAGAUAAAACAGUUUCCUUCGACUUAACAGAUUACACCUCUGGUGAACAAAAUUUAACCCUUCAAGGGAAUGCUAUCAUUCAUGAUACUCACUUGGAACUUACCAGCAUUGAAGAUGACCCUUAUGCGAAUGUAGGCCGUGCCUUAUAUCCAACACCCGUUCCCAUUUGGGAUAAAACAACUGGCAAUGUCGCUAGUUUUGUGACUUCUUUCUCUUUUUCUCUUGCGCGGUUUGGUAGUUAUCCACCAGCUGAUGGUCUUAUCUUCUUUCUUGCACCACCAAAUAGUGUGAUUCCUAAUUCUAGCAUACAUGGUGGAGAUCUUGGAGUAAUCGAUGACACUACCGCUUUCAAUCGAUUUGUUGGUGUAGAAUUUGAUAAUUUUGUCAAUGAAUGGGAUCCUAACCAUUCACAUAUUGGGAUCGAUGUCAACUCUUUAAUUUCAUCCAAGAUAGGGUCAUGGAAAUCAGAAACCGGGGUGUUGUACAAUGUUAGAAUCAUCUAUGAUUCUCUCUCUAAGACUUUGAGUGUUUCUCUCACUGACGAGAAUGGUCAAGUUUCAACUGUUGCUCAAGUCGUUGAUUUGAAAGAUGUUCUCCCAGAAACAGUUAGCAUCGGUCUAUCUGCUUCCACAUCAGCCAACCUUCGUCAGAAACAUGUCAUUAAAACAUGGUCUUUCAAUUCAAUUUUGAAGACAACUAUAAGUAGCAACAUCUUAGAGAACACAAAUCAUACUGCUAUCCGUAUGAGUUGAUAUGGUCCACACUGUAUGCAUGCAUGGCGCUUGUGUCAAGUUGUCUGAGUUUUUUUGUUUUGUUUUGUUUUCUUUCUAAAAUAAAGACCAUGCUUGUACGUUCAUCCUCUUUGUGAGAUGUUUGUUUAUCUAUUA